AUGGCACAAGAUAUUCUUGUUAGUGGCGCGUCCGGAGCUUUGAAAAAGCUGGUUUCUGUUGUUGCAAGUGAGAUUAGUGGUGCGUGGGGUGUCAAGGAUGAGCUGAAAAAGUUUCAAGAAACAUUAGAGUUGAUCGCCGCUAAAACAUCUGAUGCGGAGGCUAUGCGUCGAUCUGAAAAGAACAGCAAGGUAAAAGAUUUCUUUUCAUCCUCCAACCAAGUUGCUUUUCGUUUUAAAAUGGCACACAAAAUCAAAGAUGUUAACAAACGGUUCAACCAAAUUUCAAGUGAUAUGAAAAAAUCUGGAUUUGAAUCGACUAGCUUAUACGAUGACCAAACUGCUGAGAUACGUAAUAAUCGCCUAACUGCUUCAUUUUUCGGAGAAGAUUUAAAAGUUGUAGGAAGAGAAAAUGAUAAGUCAGAGAUAAUAAAGCUAUUGAACUCAUCGGCUGUAAAUUCUAAUCAAGAAGAAAAAGUCUCUGUCAUAUCCCUAGUGGGAAUGGGUGGGCUGGGAAAGACCACUUUGGCUCAAUCUGUCUACAGUUCAGUAGAAAACCACUUUAGAAAAAGACUAUGGGUUUGUGUCUCUGAUGAGUUCGAUAUUUAUAAAAUCUUGAUAGACAUUAUGGAGUCCAUUACUAACUCUAAAUGUCCUACAUUCUCAAACAUUAAUGUUUUGGUAGAUCAAGUUAAAAAAGAAUUAGAAAAUGAACUUUAUUUGCUAGUACUUGAUGAUGUGUGGACCGAAGAUUUCAUGGAAUGGAAUAAACUCAAGAGUUACCUAGACGUCCGCGCUGCUGCCAGCAAAAUUAUUGUCACCACACGUAAACAAGAAGUUGCAUCUGUGGUGCAGGGUGUAAUUCCUCCGUACAAUCUAGAUGUAUUAUCGGAAGCUGAUUGUUGGUCCAUUAUCAAGAAGAAAGCUUUUUCUCCUGGUGGAGCCUCUGAGACUCCAAAUAUGAUAAACAUAGGGAAGCAAAUAGCUAAAAGCUGUGGAGGCUUGCCACUCGCGGCAACAUUUCUCGGUGGUCUUAGGCGCUCGCAGAAUGAUGAAAUGCAUUGGUUAUCUAUCAGAGACAACACAAGCUUAGAUACCCCAGAAAAUCAAAGUGGUGGAAUCAUACCAAUAUUGAAAUUGAGCUAUGACAAUUUGCCCUCCCAUUUGAAACAGUGUUUCUCGUACUGUUGUUUAUUUCCCAAAGAUUGGGUAAUUGACAGAGAAAUAUUGAUUCAACUAUGGAUGGCUGAAGGAUUCCUUCAUCCACCAAAUGGAGGAUGUCAAAACUCAGUCGAAAAUGUUGGGAAUCAUUAUUUCCUAGAUUUGUUGUCUAACUCUUUCUUCCAAGACGUGAAAAAAAAUGUCUUAGGUGAUAUUCAAACUUUUAAAAUGCAUGAUCUUGCACAAAGUGUCGCUGGCAGUCAUGAAGUCACGGUUCUGAAUGCAAGUGAAAUGCAAAAUGAUGCAUCAAAAUCGCGUCGGCUACAAUUAAUCAUGGAGGAUGAUGUUUUAAAACCAGUUUCAAAUGCUUUGACCAAUGCUAAAACACUGCGGACGGUUUUUUACCGGAGUGGGUGGCUUUCUUAUUGGAGUCCACUUAGAAACAGGAAAAGUUCUUCUUCGAGCAGCCUCAAAGUGAAUGUUUCCAACCCUAAAUCUUCUUCAGAUAUCAAGGACAAAGAAUCUCUCAAGAGGAAGACUUCGCACAACAAAGGAGAUUCUGAUUGUGAGAUGGGUGGAGGAAAAUGA